AAUGAUUGAGGAAAGAAUGAUAAAAUGUGAAAAAUAAUUUCCAACGAUUUUAGAAUCAUCUCACAAUAUUUAAAAGAACUAUCCGCAGGCAAAGUAAACAAAAAGAGGGGGUGGAUAUUUAAAAAAAGAAGAAAUAAAAAGUGAAUAAGUUUAUAGCUUAGCUGCUCAAAAGAAAAAAUCCCUACAAUUAAGAACUUCAAAAUGCUCCUAAUAGGAUCUAAAAAAAGGAGGUUAAUUUGGAAAGAAUUAACCUGAAAAAAUCAUAUCACACACUGGGCACUCCUUAAAUGAGGCUAAAUUUCUGAUCUCCUGGAAACAUUUAGGAAGUACAAAACCUUCAGAUUCAUAUCAUCCUUAUUCUUUAAUCAUACAGCAUAAUCCAGAAAUAUUAUUAAAUUAUUUUGAAGAAAAUGAUUAAUAUAUAAUUAUUGAAUGA